AUGAAUCAGAACUCCGUCCAAACCCCAGCGCCGGCUGUGUCAUUGACAGGUCGUCCGCCGGACACAGGACAAAGGCCGAACGCUAAAGCUCUCUCUUCCCUGUCUAAUCCAGCAAGUUUCCCUGCCCUCAACUACAGAUCUGCAUUGGUUGGCCAACCACAAGAAACCAGAACACUUGCGAAUCAAUGGACUUAUGUCGGGGAGCAUGAUCUCGAAGCGGGCUCUUUCGUCGGGGAACCAGAGCUGAAGGUAUCGGAGAAGUUCAAAGAAAAGCUCUACUCACCCUGGAAGAAAACCCUGGUGGUCCGACUAUUGGGACACUCCGUCUAG